AAAACCGAGCUUUACAAAAUGAGCCGUUAUCAAGUUCAUGCUGGACUCUUCGGAGCGUUCCUCUCUCUACUCUGUGGGACGACGGCACUUCCCCUGGACUGUAAACCCGGAUCUCUAUCUCGCUGCACCUCGAUCUCACAGGAGAAGCUGCUGGAGAGGGUGAUCGAACACGCCGAGCUCAUCUCCAGAGUCUCCGACGAGUCGUGCGCUUUAUUCGAAGAGUCGUUCAUCCCUUAUUCAUUGAGAGCUUUGAGGAACCAGGGUGGGAACGCAUGUGCAAUGAAGACCCUCUCCAUGCCGAGCUCCAAGACCGAGAUCCAGCAAAUAUCGGACAAGUGGAUCCUUCACUCCGUGUUAAUUCUGGUCCAGUCUUGGGUUGAACCCCUGGUUUACCUUCAGACCACUCUGGACGGGUAUGGUGAUGCACCUGAUAUUUUGGUCAAUCGCACCAAGUGGGUGUCUGAGAAACUGCUCAGCCUGGAGCAGGGAGUGGUCGUCCUGAUCCGCAAGAUGCUGGAUGAGGGAAUGCUGGCUCCAUCCGUGUACGAGUCCGAAACCGUGAGGUACGAGCUGCAGCCGAUGCUCCUGGAGCCGGCCCUCAGGAACUACAACUUAUUCAUCUGCUUCAAGAAAGAUGCCCACAAGAUGGAGACCUUCCUUAAACUGCUCAAGUGUCGACAGACUGACAACCUCAACUGUGCUUCACUCUGAAUUUCCUCACGGUCUCUCAAAGACUGCACACCUUAAUGCUUUCUUAGAAUGUUGGUUUUGUUAAGGGGUGGCCAAAGAUGUAGUAUUCAUAGCCUUAAAAACGUCAUCUUAUUAAUUACCCUUUAUUUAUAACUAGGUCCCUCAUGUCAGUCAUUAAAUGACACUCAUAAAUUGAAUAAUAGUAUAAAUGGAAGCUACGAUACACAGCACAGCUAUCAUAAAACUUGAAUGUAAACCUAGAACAUCCAGCGAUGGUUCCCCCCAUACAUCCGUCCACAAAAUUGAUUGUUAGUUUUCCAAAGUCAGUUCCCCGACGUCACUUCGACACUUUCACUAAGCGAUUGCUAACUGAAUUCCCGUAGGAUUGCUAGGACGCUUCAUAAUUCAAAUUAAUCAGUAAACGUGAAUGAAACGUGUUAAAUCGCUAAACACAAACCUUAGAUGUUGAAUUUCACAGCAGAAAAAGCUCAUUUUAAUUAGGUGGUGCCUUAGAUAUGACCUACAGUAAAUCUCGCCGAUAUUAAUUUACAUGAAUUGGACUGAACAAGGUCAGUGUUGCUCUAAGAAAGGGUGAAACACUGACCCUGCUCCUAACCCGAAUCAUUCAUAACUUCACACUCGCAUCGAGAUGCGGAAAUUGUUUGCAAGCGUGGGACGACGUGAAGGCAUCCGUGGUUUGGAGAGUAAUAAAAGGACUUGGCACCACCAAUCCCGAUGGAUACCGUGCCCGUAAUGCGCACAUCUUACUAUUGAUUCGACUUGUCUUUUAUUCUUAACUGCAGUGUGUAUUUCUCCGUGGAUCCCUGACAUAUUUUAACUCGAGUCUGUAGUGCAUUUACAGAGAUCUUUGGGUUUUUUCUUCUUCUGAAUCAAAGCUUGUUUUAGUUGAAUAAAAAUAGCAUUGAAUACACAGGCACGUUAAAAGCAGGACCCAGUGAGACCCAGUGACUAUGUUCACUUCUCAUUUCAUGCGAGUGUGUUUACACUAUUCAAUAUGUUCUCUUAAUACACUUAUAAAUUUGGAUUAUAGAAAAAAAGAAACUAUUUCAAUAGAAAAUGUUUGCACCCCCACUUCUAUGUAGAAAGGGAAACUAUCUUUGGCCAUCCCUGGAGAUUAGAGGCAGGCUGGUUGAUUGUGGAAUGUGCUGUACUUUCUGGCAUAAUAAUUUUAAUAAAUGAACUUUCAGGAGCA